CAACGAGAUUCUGAUCCACGUUUCUAGUGUAAACAACCUUACCUGAUGUUAUCAGACAAUCUUGGAUUAAAUCCUUUUAUAUGAAGCUAUUGUUUGGUCAUAAAUUAUUUAAUAUAUGGAUGAACACAAAGUACACAACAAUCUACGUAUUUGUUGACAAGGCACUUCUAAAUUUCAAGUAAACUUGAUUUAAAAAGAGAUGAAAUAUACCAUGAGUAGUGGAGAAUCAAUAAUUUGCAUUUAAAUGGGGAAAUACAGAGCCUGCUGAAUCAGUUAGGAAAGAUCGGCAGUAAAAAUGUUCAGAGGUCCAAGAGAUUACAACAAAUUGGAUCUAAAGAAAUUCACUGGACACAAAGAUGAGGUCAACUGUGUUGCGUUUUCGCCAGAUUUUCAAAUAAUGGUAACAGGUUCAGAUGAUGAAAGGGUUCGAGUGUUUGAUGCCACAAAUGGUGCUAUGGUGUGCAAGCUUAAAGGACAUAUUGGUGCUAUAAAAAGUGUUGCAGUAGCUCCUAACUGUAAAACAUUUGCUAGUGCAUCUUAUGAUAAAACAAUCCGUGUCUGGAGAACUUCAGAUGGUGAAAAUCUUCAUAUCUUAGAAGGUCACAUGAAGAGUGUUGAGGUAGUUGUUUACUCUCCAGACUCAAAGCAAUUAGCCUCAGGGUCCUGGGACAGGACUGCCAUUAUCUGGAAUGUCGAGCAAGGUUUUCCCAUCCGAGUUCUGACAGGACACAAGAGUGUAGUACAGUCAUUAGCAUUCUCAUUAAAUGGUAAAUGGUUGGCCACAGGUUCUUGGGACUUUACAGUUAAAGUUUGGACUCUGAAUGAUCCAGAUGAUUCUGUUGUAACUAUGGAAGGACAUAAAGGAAAUAUACAUGCUGUUGCUUUCUCAAAAGAUGGCAUGCUGGCAUCAGGCUCCUGGGACAAAACUGUAAGGAUGUGGAACCCUAAAACUGGUAAACAGAUUCAUCAGUGUGAGGGACACGGUGGAUGGGUACAAGCUUUAUCUUUCUCUACUGAUGGACUAUACUUAGCCAGUGCUAGUGAUGAUGAAACUGUGAGAGUAUGGGAUGUUUUAACAGGGGAAUGUAUCAAGGAAUUAGAGGGUCAGACAGAUACGGUACAACAUUGUGCUUUCAAACCUGGUGGUGCUUUGGUAGCCUCUGGAUCUUUAGCUACAGUGUUAUCAUUUAAAUGAUACAUAUUUAGUUCAUGCUCAGUACACAUUUACUUAGAUUGGUAUCCUUGAUAUCAUUAGCUACAACAUUAGCAUUUAAAUGAUUCAUAGUUAGAUGGGUUCAGAUGCUGUUUUGUUAUAAGAAGCAUCAGUAAAAAUAUUACUGACCUAAGUGUAUUUUUGUAUUCUUAUUUCAUUGAGAAUAUUAUUUGAAUAUAUCAAACAAAGUAGGAAACCUGAGAACUAUCUGGUUAGAACCAAAUCCUCACAUACUUUUAUUUAUUGGUAUGUUCCUUUAAGAUCAAGUUUAGUGUACAUUUAAAUUACAAAUAAUUAUCCAGUCAGAAAACUGUCUUGGAAAUUCUUUGGUUCAAAUUAGCAGAUAUAAUUUUUCUGUACCAAAUUAUGGAACGUAUAAUCCACAGAUUUUUACCUCGAAAUUCAAAUUACCAGGCAGAGGUGCAGAAUAAACAGUACUGCAAGCAAAAAAUAAAAAUUUAGAUUCCACGAUUCUUUUUUACAAUUUAUAUUUUCACCAAAUUUUAGUCAAUAAAGAAAAGCAUACCAUGAAAAUACCAUAAAUAUUGUGACAAAAUAUAUUAUUUCCAAAAUAUCAAUGGUAAAUUUAUUAUACAUAAAUAUGGUUUCUACAUGACCUUUUAAGGAAAAUAGACACAUUUUUAACUCAAAGAAAAGCUUACUUGUGGAAACUUUACAAACAGUGAAAAUCAAGAAAAACAAGGAAGACUAGAAAUGUGAUCCCUUUUUGGUAGACAUUUCAAAAGUGCACGUCUGAUAAGUCUGGAAGUUAAGAAUAAACAAUAAUCCCUGACAAAAAAAAAGUUUUUUUUUUGUGAAACUGAAGACCUUUAAUAGACAUUUUUUUAAACAAUUUAUUGGAAACAAAUAAUUUUGUACAAUGAGUAGAUAUGAGACAAAAAUAUCAGAUAACAUGAUAUUGAUUAUUUAGAUAAGAGUACAAUAUAUUGUUUGUGUUGUUAUUUCUAUUUAUAAUUUUAAUUUACAUGUUACAAGGAAGAGUAAAUAAUUCUGCUUUACUUGUAGUGCCAAAAUGUUUUAAUUUUUACAAUGAUUGUGACAUCUACAAAAAAAUGAAGGGUUUAUAUAUUCAUUCAAUCUUUUUUAAAUGUUGUUUCAUAUUGGAUAUUCUGCUGAAAAUAUUAUUCCAUGUAAAAUUGAUUGUGUCAAAUUAUAAAAGUGCCUAUAUUUAUUUAAUUUAUACAUGUUAUGGAUUAUUUAUACUUAUAAUAUUGCGUUCAGUUAAUGUCUAUUAUUUUAUUUAAAAUGAAUAUGGUUGUAAGAAAUUGAGGACAGUCUUGUGAUCUUUAAAAGAUGGAAUAAUUUUUUGUUAAUAGCAAGCAAACUCAAUUUCCUGAUUCAAAGUAUGUUUUAUUUUUCUAUUAAAUAUUAAAGAAUGUUA